GGGUUUCAACAGUGACCAACAUGGCUGCGUGCAGUGUGGAGGAGUUGUUGGCUAAAGCUGAAGAACAAGAGGCAGAAACGCUGAAAAGCAUCUCAGUCCAGAAAGAACUGGACCUGGAGUUUGACAUCGGGAACCUGCUGGGUUGUGACAAAAACCGCAUCGAGCCACGCGACCUCAGGGAGAAGAACAAGGAGGACUUUCUGCGUGCUCUCGCUCGUGACAACACGCAGCUUCUUAUUAAUGAAAUAUGGAAACAACCCACGGAGAGAGUUGAGGAGGCUAUAGUGGCCAAACUGCCGGAGCCGACGACUCGGCUGCCCAGAGAGAAGCCACCUCCGAAACCCAGACCUCCAACAAAAUGGGAGCAGUUCGCCAAGCUGAAGGGCAUACAGAAGAAGAAGAAGACCAACCUGGUCUGGGAUGAAACUGCAAAGGAGUGGAAGAGGCGCUGGGGCUACAAGAGGGCCAACGAUGACACCAAGGAGUGGCUGAUUGAGGUGCCCGAGAGCGCAGACCCGAAUGAGGACCAGUUCGCCAAACGCGUCAAAGCUAAGAAGGAGAGGGUGGCCAAAAACGAGCUCAACAGGCUGAAAAACAUCGCCAGGACGCAGAAAGUCAAGGUCCCUGCUGUGGGCCUCGCCCCCAAAGCCAGCCAGUCCAGAGACGAGCUGGCCAGAGCUGAGAGUGUGGCCAAAACAUCAACGGCAUCCUUGGGGAAGUUUCAGGACCGCCUACCCAAAGAGAACCCUGCAAAGAAGGGUAAGAAGAGGAAAUUUGAGCCCCUCAUCGGCGACUUUGCUAAUGAAAAGCAGAAGCAGCUGGAGCUUCUGAAAGUCUUGGACACUAAGAAGCCCAAGUUGGACAUCACCAAAGCUGUCAAUAAACAGAUGAGAGAGGAGGACAGAGAGGAGGCUGCGGCCAAACGCAAGAAGGGAGCAGGGAAGAAAGGACGUAAAGGCAGCAACAUGGUCGGAAAGUCCAAAGGAAAAGGUGGGAAAGGAAAAGCAGGAGGAGGGGGGAAGAAAAGAGGGAAACCUGGGAGGCGCUGAGGACUCUCGUGUCUUCUUACAUGCCUGUGUGCCUUGGCAUCAAAGUGUUAGACAUUCAUGAUGUAAUAUAAACUGAACACCUGCUUUACCUGUGAUCGACAGGUGGGAUGUUGUGAGGAUAUUUGUGGCUCUUCCCUUAAUGUAAACUAUGUUUACUGUAAAUUGGUCCCAGCAUCCAUGAAGAUUCUUUUCAAUAAAUGUGUAAUAUUCACAAACAAAAAAAAUUGUGCAAAUACACUUUAAUAUUGCAGCCAAGUAGAAAAUGACUGACUUCUUUUUCUGUCUUUUAAUUCGUGCAGA